AUGGAUUCGGGAGUCAUUUGUCAAAAGAUUAAAUCCCUAUUGAUUGAACUAACCAACAAAGCUGCAAAAGGGAAGACUUUGAAGGAAAACUUAUAUACAAGAUGGGACUGUAGAUUGAAACUCACAUUUCCAAACCUCUCUAUACCCACUCUCUUUGGAAGCAAUUCCAGUAACCCCCUGCCUUUAUCCAGACCCCCAAUUCAAUGGAAAGCUCCAGAUCCUGGCUGGGUCAAGGUAAAUUUCGAUGGGGCUUCAUUGGGAAACCCGGGCCCUAGUGGCAUUGGGUCUAUGAUCAUGGAUGAAUUUGUAAAUUCUUUGAAGGAAGUUUCAGAUUACAUUGGGCAUACGAAAAACAACAUGGCAGAGUUUCGAGCUGCAUUACGUGGCCUUCAGGUUGGGGUCAGUAGUGGGGUCCGAAAAAUCCAUUUGGAAGGCGACUCCUUAAAUGUGGUAAAUGCAAUUAGAAAAAAAUGA